AUGAACUUUGUUCAGUUCACCUCCCAGUUCAAGUACUUGACACCCUCUUCUCGUCUCACUAACUCACUCUCCGCCAUUAAAACCACCCAAACCUCCACCGCCGCAACGCUAUGCCACCACCACGACUACGGAGCCACCGUGGCAACCCAGGUCUCCACCUGCACCACUCUUCAACACCUCACUCAAAUUCACUCCAAGAUAAUCCAAACCCGUUUCCUAGAUUUCUAUCCCGCACCAUUUUAUUGGAACAACAUCAUGCGAUCAUACACAAGACUGAACUCUCCCAAGAAAGCCAUACAAGUCUUCAUAGCCAUGAGUAGAGCCGGCGUUUCCGCAGAUGAAUAUACACUGCCCAUUAUGCUGAAAGCAACUUCUCAAGUUUCGGAUUAUAGUCUGGCAAAGCAGAUUCAUGCCCAUGCUCUAAAGAUCGGGUUGAGCACUAAUGUGUAUUGUGAGAGUGGGUUUAUUAGUUUGUAUGCAAAAGCAUGUGAAUUUGAAGAUGCACACAAGGUGUUUGAUGAAAGUGGUGAGAGAGCUUUGGGUUCUUGGAAUGCCAUGAUUUCUGGGCUGGCACAAGGCGGGAGGGCAAAGGAAGCACUUGAGAUGUUUCUGGAGAUGAAGAAGACUGGCUUGCAUCCUGAUGAUGUGACCAUGGUUAGUGUCACAUCAGCUUGUGGGAAUUUAGGGGACUUGAAGUUGGGUCUGCAAUUGCAUAAAUGUGUGUUUCAAGUGAGGGUAGCUGAUAAAUAUGGUAUUUUGAUAAUGAAGAAUUCACUCAUUGACAUGUAUGGGAAAUGUGGGAGGAUGGAUCUUGCCCACAGAGUCUUUUCCAGUAUGGAUGAAAGGAAUGUGUCAUCAUGGACAUCCAUGAUUGUUGGCUAUGCCCUGCACGGGCACGCGAUGAAGGCACUCGAGUUCUUCCACCACAUGAGGGAAGCCGGUGUGAAACCCAACCACGUGACAUUCGUCGGGGUGCUGAGCGCUUGCGUGCAUGGUGGGAAGGUGGAGGAGGGGAAGCAUUACUUCAACAUGAUGGAAAACGAAUACAGAAUCGCGCCAAAGCUUCAACACUACGGGUGCAUGGUGGAUUUGUUGGGGCGGGCAGGGUUGUUCGAGGAGGCUAGGGAGAUGGUGGAGGGGAUGCCAAUGAAACCAAAUGUGGUGGUGUGGGGAUGCCUGAUGGGGGCUUGUGAAAAACACAGGAAUGUGAAGAUGGGAGAAUGGGUUGCUAAGCACUUGCAAGAGAUGGAGCCUUGGAAUGAUGGGGUGUAUGUUGUGUUGUCCAAUAUUUAUGCCAGUAAUGGUGUUUGGGAAGAGGUUGAGAGGAUGAGAGAAAUUAUGAAGCUCAGGAAACUUGCCAAGAUCCCUGCUUUUAGCUCACCCACAACCUCUCAAUGA